UCAUAGGACGGGACACCGGGUCUGUAAACAAAGGAACGUGUCAUGGUGGUCAUGCGUCUUUCUACAAAUGUGACCCUGAGGAAAACUUGUCACACAGAAAUGAAUGUCCCCCAGUUUAGUAUUAUAAAAUGUCAGCCUCCCUUUUGUUUGGGUUCAUAUCAGACCUGUUUCGAGACCAUGGAUAUCAAUACAAUAUCUUUUUUGGUCUUUAUAUCGAUAUUGGCGGUUGUUGGAAUCGUUGGAAAUUCUUUAAUCAUCGCGGCGUAUUACUCCAAUGUCAGAAAGUUAUUUAACAGAUAUUACAUCGUGGCCCUUUCUAUCACUGACUUGGUCGUAAAUCUUUUCAUUAUUCCCUACACGGCCAUCUUUGAACUUCAUGACGUCACCAGUGAUGUCGUCUGCCAUGGAAUGGAGGUAAUUAGACACACCAUCAUCGGGUUCUCCAAUCUCAUCUUAGUUCUAAUAGCCUGCGAACGCCUGCUUCUGAUCUGGAAACCGACCAAAUUCAUUUCUGAAAAGAAAAAAUUGGGUGGCAUUUUGGCCACAUUGGGUGUUUCUGUAAUCAUCGGGAUUCCAUCAGGAGCGGUAUACAAGGUCACAGACAGAGCAUUCGAUGUGGAGAAACACUUGAACAUAACUGGCACCGGGGAACCAUUUUGCCAGUAUUCCUUUGAUAUUUUGGGCGAGGAGUGGAGUAACUUAUAUAGAAAUGUGCUUGCCCUAAUAAUACUUCUGGAAUUCUUUGCUUUGAUUGUUCUGUAUGUAUUUAUAUAUAUUCUUGUUUGUCGUCAGAAAAUGCGCAUGGAGCGUUAUUCAAUAAACGGUUCUGCCAAAUCGAGCCGCCCUAUAGUUAAGGGUAUUGAAUCCAGUCAAACCGCGGUCAGUGUUCUGAGUUACGAAUCAACGGACGACCAGCAAUUGUCUACUUGUCCAAAAGCCACGAAAAACGGAACCAACAACGCCAUGUUAAAUGCAAAAUCACAAUUUGACAAUCGCGAUGAAGGGGGGCAGGAAUCCGAAACUGAUUUCUCCUCCGCAAAUAUAUCUCACUCGGAGAAGUCGCCACGUAAAAUCAACAGAAUCCAAGCGACGAAGACCGUCAGUUUUGACACGGACACCUCCUGUACAACUGGAAAUGAGAGCGAGGCUGAAAGACAAACAGGGACUGCAACCAGAAGAAGGCGUCGUAAACAUAAAUCGUCCAAGAGAUCUCAAGCCGUCCGCCGGAAGAGUUGGACAAUGUUCUUUAUCUGUACCGCUGUCUACAUUCUCUGUUGGAUUCCUUUUUUCUUGGAGAUUUUCAAUGUGACUAAAGUUCUUGUUCUUCGUUAUUUUUUCCUCAUUGGUCACGCCACUAAUCCAAUAAUCUACAGUGUUGUCAAUAUCAAAGUAAGAAACGCCAUCCAGAGACUGUUCAGGCGACGGAGAGGAAUUUGAUAUAUCAAAAUUAUAUGAACAUUUUAUCAUUUCAAAUAUUUAUUCUGAAAAUUUGAUAGUUAAAUGUGUGUGAACUAAAUAUAAUGCAAAUUCAUUGUGUAUAAUUCGCCAAGCAAUGUUUUAUUUAAGAUAUAAUUAAUGUUGAUACAUAUCAGUUGGUCCUAAAUCCUAAGCGUAUUAAAUCUCCGGAAAAGGUUAAAAAAAAGGGGCAAAAAAAAAACCCCAUUGGAUAAAAAGAUCGAAAGGAAAGGUAAAAGAAUACAGAUUUGAAUAAAAAAAAAUGAUGCACUUUUAUUUACAAAAGAAUAGCCAAAAUUUGAGGUGGUCAGUGUACUUUAUGAUUGGGUAAUUUUUCUGAUAUGUUACCACUAACGAUAUUAUCAUUUUGAUGGUAUUGUUUAUUCUUGAAAUAAUUUAAAUAUUCUUUUUUUUUUAAUUUAUUUUGGAUUGUCACUGGAGAAAAUUCUGCUGGGUUUGUUUCUUUUGUAUUUUCAAAAUAAUUUUGAAAACAAUCUUCGCUUUAAUAUUGUAGAAAAAACACCAUACAUGCCAUUACAAAUUUUUGAAUGAAAAGAUAAAAAUUUGACUAAUCGACAUUAUUUGCUAGCCUUUAUGACCAUACUUUAAAUUUCAUAAUUAACAAAAUAUUGCUCUUAAUGUGUAUACAUUAUUUGAACAUUUUUUUUAGUAUUGUUUAAAUUGAAUAUAAUUUCUUUGAACAAACUUAUGUUUAUUUCUUUUCAAAUUUUCUGAAACGCCAAUCAAUAUUCAUGUUAAUUUCAUUAGCUCAUUAAUAAUAGUGCCAUUUUGAAUUAGUUUGAAGUGAAUCUGGUCAGUAUUUAUCAUAAUCAUCGAUAGUCAGCUUUUCCAGUGUCUGAUGACGAGGUUAAAAAUAUCUAAACUGAAUGCACGUGUAGCGCGUGCGAGUUGAGUGUGUACGGAUGUCGAGUCAAGUGGGGUUCGUUUCACUUGUCAUACUUUUCCACAAAGUACUAUUGUUUGUCAGAUAACUUUCUUUCACUGUUAUGAAUAAUUCUUCUUAAUUCAUUUAUUCAAAUAUGUAACAAAAAUGCUACCCCUUAAGACUAUUACUCAUAUUUUUCUUGUUAAUCUUAAACUUACGUUGUUCGACAAUUUAUUUAUAACUACUGUACGUUUAUAUAAUGUGAGAAUAAAACUUUACUAAGUGGUA